UGCGCUAAUUGUCUAACAAAAAAUACGCCCUUGUGGCGAAGGGAUCCACGGGGUCAGCCACUUUGUAAUGCUUGUGGUUUAUUUUUAAAAUUACAUGGUACAGAAAGGCCUAUGAGUCUUAAGACGGAUAUUAUCAAAAAGCGGAAUAGA